GAAAUCAUGUAGCACAUUUAAAGCACGAUAUCAAAGACAACCUAGCACCUGCAUUAAAUAACGUACCUUCUGCCUUCAUUAUACUUCAAAAAAAUGGAAAAGAGCUGGCCCUUGAUAUGGUCAUUGAUAAAGGUUUUGCGAGUACAUGUACAAGUAAAGAACCUCUCAUUGUAACAGUAAAGUCACCAGACAAUGUAACACUAGAGCAGAUAUUGCAAAAUUUGACUCCUUGCGAACCUAAUAAGGUCAAAAACGGCGCAGCAGAAAUAUUUGUGGAUCGUGAAGAUGGUAGAACUUCGAAUCAGUCUCAAGAUACUUAUUUUGGCUUAUGCUUUGGUGGAUAUGGAAUUGGCAAAACUGAGUUGAUAAAACAGUUUUGUAUUAAAAUGAUCAAUGAAAAAGACACUCUCGUUUUUAAUUUGGAACCAUGUUAUAAAUUUGAUCCACAAAUUUGUAAGGAACAACAAUGGCUUGGACUAUCACUAGCCGCUUUUUAUCAUGGUCAAGAUCUUUCGGAUUUCAUUGAUAUGAUGAGAAAGGAAAAGGCACUAACAACUUUUGCAGAAUCUUAUGAGGUUCUUGAAUUUAUUAUUGAUCAUUAUCGAAAAUGGAAAAAUACAAAAGACCAACUAUGCGUUAUUAUUUGGAUAGAUGACUAUCAGGAAGAAAUGAUGAGAUUUACCGAUCCUGAAUAUAAUAUUAUUAAAAAAAUUGGGCACUAUACUUACAGUCGCUAUGAAUUAAGUAGUGCUGCUAAACAAAAUGUCAUUCUUGUGCCUAUUAUAUCUGGAACAUUCGGUGGUGAUGUUAGAAAUACAAUUGUGGGAAGCCAUUAUGCAGCAAAGAUUUUGUCAAUACCACCAUUAUCAUUUAAAGCUUCUCUUAGUAUAUUGAGAAUUUCUGAGAAUCUUCUGGAAUCUUCUUCGAUCAAGCUUAAAAUCUUAAUAUCUGAUAUUGGUGGAGUUGCUCGAUUACUUACAUAUUUGCGUGACUUAGGAAAUUUUUCAAAUAGAUUAAAGCCUUUAGAAGAGCAGGAAGUUGAUACUUUAGGAGCACAAAUGAUUAAUAGAAUUGUGGAAUAUUAUAAUGUAGAAUCUCCAAUAGAACAACAAAGUUUAACAAGCUUACCAAAAUCAACACUUAAAGAACUUGUUAGGCGUAUUAUUACAGGAAAAUUAAUCGAUCACUUUAGUUUGCUUCCAGGAACUGAGAUAAGCUAUGUUGAUCUCAAUCGAUUUGGGAUCUUUCAUUAUCGUCCUGUAAAUGAUGGUCGAUUAAUUAUAACAAUGCCAUAUGUUUUUUUGUGGAAACUAAACUGCGAAGUCUCAUUACUACCACCUGAACAUAUUAAUUUUCCCUGCCAAAGAUGGACUUGGCAGGACUUUGAAAGGCUAGAGGCCCAUUUAGAGACUUUAAGGGCUCAAGGUGGUAAUACAAUUCAAGAACAGUUUCCACACAUAUAUGCGAAUGAAGAUGUUUUGAAAUGGAAUAUCAAUUCAUGGGAUAAAUUGAUAGUUAAGCAAGAGAGCGUUCAAUGUAUGAAGAAAGAUAUGAAGCAUAAUUUUAAAGAUUGGUCAAAUGAACAUUUAAUGUUGGUUAAAGAAAAUGAUGCAUUUCAGACAGUUUUUCUUUGUCAUACUGGAAAUCCUGCAGUUGAUUCUCAUUUUCUCCGCAUUUUUGAAUCUGAAUAUGUAUUAUUGUUAAAACAAACAAAACACUCUAUGCCAGAAUCAAAAGGAAAAGUAAGCACUUCAGAAGCGAUUAGAUGGUAUGGAAAAAUUCGAUAA